AUGGACGUCGAAAAAAGACAAAGUUUAACAACUGAAAUGGAAUUACAUCAAAGAAAAGCUCAGAGUGCCCGAGAGGGAGUGAAAUCUGAUGCUGUUGUGGCGAAAAAUAAUUCAGAGGUAACUGCAAUUGCUUUUGAUCUAAUGAAAACUCUUCCGACGCCAGUAAUCUCCACCGGAAUUAGUUAUUAUAAAAGGCAACUCUGGACUUUGUUUGGACAUACAUAA